AAAAGCAUAAUCCUAUUUUUUUCUUUUUAGUUGGCCACUAUAUAAAGUGUACGUGAGUGUACAUUCCCUUUACUUCAUUCUUCUAUAACCAUUUUAAUGGACGAAUCGUGGCGCAAGAAGAUGGGUUUGAACCUCGAUCCUUUCUUCUCCAUCGCUCGAAAAUCCAUGGACGCUCGCACCGACGCGGAAGACUUCUCCGACGUGUUCGGCGGUCCGCCACGAAGCGCCCUCACUCGGAAAUUCUCCGGCGACUUCUCCCGUUCCGACUGUUUCUACGACGAGAUUUUCAGGCCACCGGGGUUUUCAUCCGGCGGUGCUCUUCCGUCUUCUAAAUCUCACGGCAGAAACUUGCCGGCGUUCAGGAUCCCGUUCGGCGGAGAGGGGUUUUACGCCGGCGUGUUCGGAGAGGGUUCCAAGAAGCAGAGCCCAGUUGCACAAUCUAAAUCCUCGUCCGAGGAGGCCAGUCCUCAUUAUCAGUCGGCGGCGGCGGCGGCAACUUCCGGGGAUGAAGCCGUGUUUUCUUCUUUUACUUCUAGGCUCAGACCGUUAAACGUCCGUCAUAAGCGGGAAUCGAAGAAACAGAGUUUCCCGGCGUUUCCAACAUCCGAUGAUUCAUUUCCCGGCCAUGCCAACACACCCGAAAAAUCAGAUUUUUACUACAGAAAAACAAACUUGGGCGGAUCAAGAAGAUCCUCGCCGGAAACCAUGAGCUUGGAUCCAUUUUCCUUCAGGAGAAUGGAUGAUUUCGGACCGAGCUCUCCUGCAUCUUCCCCUGUUUCUUCUUUCAUCUGCGGAAGUGAUGCAAAACAAAGAAUGACCGGAGAUUUUGAUAUCGAGGAAGAAGAAGAAGAAGAAGAGAUGAGCUCUUACGUGAUCGAAAUAAACUCAAAUCGGUUUGAUCGUUGUUACAGAGACGGAGGAGGAGGAGGAGGAAACUCGGACUCGAAUGACAUGGAUGAAGCAAUAGCUUGGGCUAAAGAAAGAUCUCAACGACCAGAAGCAAAGCCAACAGAACAGGAUUUAAUGGAUUCAAGAAGAAGCGAGGAAGAAGAAGCCAAAUCAGAAGAAGAGACGGAGAUGGAGAUUAAAGAUGAAGAAAUAAAAAUUUGGUUAACCGGAAAAGAGACCAACAUUAGACUACUACUCUCAACUUUACAUCACGUUCUAUGGUCAAAUAGUAAUUGGCAUGCGAUUCCUUUGGCAAAUCUUCGAGAUGGGUCACAAGUGAAGAAAGCUUACCAAAAAGCUCGCCUUUGUUUACAUCCGGAUAAACUCCAACAGAGGGGAGGAACUUCACCGCUUCAGAAGUCUGUCGCCAGCAGAGUAUUCUCCAUUCUUCAGGAAGCUUGGGCUGUGUAUGUAAGAAGUGAAGGACUCUCAAGCUAAACAAAAGCCUGCAAAUCAUUUUCUGGUUUGAAUUAAAACGGAGGUCUGUAGAAUCGGUUUAUGAUGUAAGAAGAAUAAGAAAAGGGAAAAGCAGCAGAGUUUUGUUUUCUUGAAUUGUAAAAGGCAUAUGAACAUUUGCAUGUGUUGCAUUGUGAAUGUUUUUGUAUACAGAAAUCAACACAAUGUUAUAAAACUACUUUUUAAAACAAA